AUGGGUCGCGGAGCUGAGAGCUCGACGCCCGAGGGGUUAGAGAUGGACUUGGCGGAACUGGAGGCUGCGUGCGCGGAGGUGGGCAUUAGCUUUGAGGCCGAGGCUUCCGUGCAGGAGUCGGCCUUCGUGGCCGCGGUGUCCGCGCUUGACUUGUUCGAGGGCAUGGGCUCCGGGCCAUCGGAUGGAACGGAGAGCCAGAGAUAUGAGUCCUUGUUCAGCAUGACCAAGACGGACAGGUUCGAGUCAAAGCGAUACUCCACUGUGGAUGAAGAGGUAGUGAGGGGCAUCUCUUUGCGCAAGUCCUUGUCGGGAUUGGGCCGGGUCUGGCGCUAUAAGCCUGCCACCUGGGAGCCAGAGCAUCGUGCUGCCUUGCACAAUCUUUCAUGGAAUGUGGAUCACUUGGACGUCUUCCUCUCGCACACGUGGAGGACCCCCGGUUGGCACAAGAUCCUGGCUCUCUCCUUCCAGUGUGGCUGCUGGAACACUCUUGCCCUCUGGUGCGCGGCCGAAAUCAUGGCCAUCGUUCUGUGCUUAGCGGACGUGCUGCCGAUGCCUUUGGUGUACGAGGCAAACGUCAUGGGCUUCACCCAAGACUGUCCCAUGGGCCUCUGGGUGUUUGCCUUUGGCGCAUUCGCCCUCUUCCUGGGCCUGCUCCUCACGCCCUACUGGCCGGACCGAUGCACUCCGCCCGACGUGGGCUUCAUCGACGUCGCCAGCAUCGAUCAGCAGGACCGCCGGCUGAUGGAGCGCGGCAUAUACGGCAUCGCAGGAUUCUUGCGCGUGUCUUCGGAGCUGCGCGUCCUCUGGAGCUCGCCAUACUUGUCUCGCCUCUGGUGCAUCUUCGAGCUUGCGGCAUACAAGAAGGUCAACCCUAGUGGCAUCAUCAGCUUUCGACCUCUCUUUGUCGAGAGGAUCCUCUUGGGGCUGCUGAUGGCCGCGUUGACUUCUGGAUUCUGCUUGAUUCUGGUGAGGUCGGGCACUGGAGGGAGUGUCAUGAUCUACCUGAACUACGGGGUCUUCGUCCUCCCGUACUUGCUUGUGGCGGCCCUGCUGCGGAGGAACUACCAAGAGAAGCACGAGCUGCGACAGGAGCUCGAACAUUUCGACUUGAAUCAAGUCCAAUGCUCGCAGGACUUUGACAGAAAGUUCAUCCAUGCGGCGAUCGAGAAGUGGUAUGGGAGCAAGGAGGCCUUCACCGAGCACGUGCGGCGGGACCUGCGGCACGAGCUGGAACCCAGCCUGGCCAUCAGCCGCUUUCCACUUCCGUACCUUCUCUUGUGGUUCGCGACUUUGUUGAGCACCAGCUUCGAAUUCUUCUUGGCCCUCUGGAAAGGUGGAGCACCAGUCGCAUGCUUAGUGUCCUUCGCCGCCGGAAUCCUUGUGGGAAUCGACAUCUUCGUGGCCGCUUCCUGCGUUGUGCUGAUGACGCGCCUGUGUGAUCGCCUUGCCUUUCGCCGCUUCGGCCCCUUCGACCAUCUCCAGUCUCUCCUGAUUUGCGCGAUUAUCGUCACUCUGUUUAGUGUUUCAAACUCCCUCGCCAUUAUGGCUUAUAGCCACAGCCUGGAGAAUAGUCUCCUCUUUGUGACGGUCGCUUUCGUGGUGUCCGUCUUCGUUUGGUGGCUUGACAGGGCCAGGAGAACGAACAGCACCAGCGCUCAAAGUGGCACGAGCUAUGCUAUUUGGUCAGAGGAGUCAGAGGUCGGGGAAUCCCUUCAAGCCGCAUCUUUGCCUGCCAACCCCUCUUCCUGGGUCAACGGCUCGGAGCUCCUCCCUUGGGAAUUCACCGGCACUCUCUGCGGGGGGAAAGGGGCACUCCGGGCACCGGGCGGAACCACGGAACCAGACGAGGUGAUGAAAGUGGCAGCUGCCUUGGCAGCGGUGCCACUUCUCUUCGCUGUUCGUCCAUACCAGGAAAUCAAGCUGCUCGCGGAUGACAGCUUGGAUGGUGGAGGCCAAAAGCAUGAUCAUCGACACCAUUUCUUGAGUCAGGGAAAAGGCCUGCAAGAGGAGGCUGUGAGGUCUAAGGAGAGCCUUCGAGUGGAUGCGGGGCCUUUGCCCAAGAAGCUGCCGAACUGCUCCGACUCAGAUGGGGUGCUGGCUCUCUCAGGCCUUUACGAGGUCACAAACGAGAUGCACUUCCCAGGAGAUUGCAAGAUCAGCACAACAGGCGCCGCCGAGGUGCGGCUGAGUGCUCCCAUCCGGUUUGAGGGUGAGGUUCAACUUCUCGGCACAGUGGCCUUUAAGGCCCACACGCCCUUGCCCGGGCCUUGUGUCACGAUGGGAAGCUGCGCAGUGCACCGAAGCUCGAGCACCAGCUUCUCCGGCUGUGAGAACAAUGACGAAGUCGCUUCCACGCGGCAGUCUGACGAUCAGGCGAGCGCCCUCAACAUCUUGCGGGACCUUCGCCUGAUGGGCGGCUCUCUGACCUUCACGGCCUGCAGGACAGUCAAUCACGGAGGAGCCCUGUAUGUCGGAGGCAACUUCACACAGCAGGAUGGUGAUCUUCGGGCGCUCAAUGUCGACGCAAGAUGGUCCGGAGGCGCCCUCUUUGUCGCAGGGUCGCUCAAGAUGUCGGGCGGGAGCGUCGUGGUGCAGAAUGCGACGGCCAGCACAUGCGGAGGCGCCCUUAAUAUCAUCGGGAUGUUCUCCAUGUCCGGCGGAAACGUCACCGUGCAGAACGCGGCGGCGGCUCUGGGAGGCGCUCUAGGUGCUGAGCACGCCGAUCUCUCCGGCGGCAGCCUGCAAGUGUAUAACGCCACGGCCGAAAAUGGAGGUGCCAUUCACAUCGGAGAGACGCUCUCCAUGUCUGGCGGAAACGUCACUGUGCAGAAUGCAUCGGCCAGAAGAGACGGAGGUGCUCUCCUUGUAUUUGGGGGGGGCGCCAACCUCUCCGGCGGCAGCCUGCAAGUGCGCAACGCCCAGGCCGUACAAAAUGGAGGUGCACUUUUUCUCAGCAAGCUCUCCAUGUCUGGCACAAGCAUCACUGUGCAGAAUGCAGUGGCCCACAGCCGCACCGAAGGUGGCGGCGCUCUCUACGUAAAGAAGGAGGCGAACAUCUCCGGCGGCCGCCUGCGAGUGCGCGACGCGAAGGCCAUGCAAUAUGGAGGCGCCCUUGUCACCGCAAGCAAUCUGUCCAUGUCUGGUGGAAACAUCACCGUGCAGAACGCAUGGGCCCGGAAAGGUGGAGGUGCUGUCUACGUACGUCUUCACGCCAGCCUCUCCAACGGCAGCCUGCAAGUGCGCAACGCCACGGCCGCUGAAUCUGGAGGCGCUCUUUACAUUGGACGGACGCUGUCCAUGUCUGGCGGAAACAUCACCGUGCAGAACGCAACGACCCGAAAGAAUGGAGGCGCGGUCCAUGUACAUCUACACGCCAACCUCUCCGGCGGCAGCUUGCAAGUGCGCAACGCCACGGCCGCUGAAUCUGGAG